AUGCAUCAGUCGGGUGCUGAAAAUGAACGAUUUGUCGAAUUCCUUUCGCGCCUCCGUCAAGGAAAAUGUACACAGGAUGAUUACCGACUUUUGCAGUCUAGAGUGAUCACCAAUAGCGCUAGACACAAAGACGACUGCGACUGGAAAGAUGCUCCUAUCAUUGUGUGUGAUAAUGCAAGUAAAGAUGAGCUAAAUGUCAGAAUGACGAUGGCAUUUGCGCAAAGGACUAGACACACCCUUCAUUGGUACCAUUGCACAGACAAACAUCAAGGAAAGAUACUAUGUGACAAGGCCCUCGUGCAAAAAAUGCAGCGUCUAAAUUCCAGAAAAACAAACAUGCGCCUUGGCAAGAUCCCGCUGGUAAUUGGCAUGCUGAUCCUCGUCUCCCAGAACUUUGAUGUUGAAGGCAGAAUUGUCAAUGGCAGUACAGGAAAGCUCAUGAAAGUCAGAUACUCACUCAAUGAUGAAGGACAACGGGUCUUAAGAUCCUGCAUCGUAGAAAUCAGUCAUUCAAUGGACGAAGCGCUCCCAAACUUGUCCCCGCACGAGAUCCCAAUAAUCAAAGACUCCACAGAGCUUAAAUUCACCCACCCCAAUUCCAAAAAAAUGUGUCGAAUCACUCGAACGCAAGUGCCAGUACUUCCAGGAUUUGUGAUCACAGCACAUAAGUCACAAGGACAGACACUUGAGAAAAUCAUCAUUGAUCUCGGUUCUAAAUGGUGUCGAGGCGCCGAAAAGCCAUAUGUGAUGGUAUCCCAUGUGACAAGUCUGCAAAGUUUAUUCGUUCUUCGGCCGUUCAAUUACAAUGUUAUCUGCUCACACCCUUCACAGGACGUCCGUCAGGAAAUGGUUCGAUUAGACGUGUUAAAUCUAAAUACCAUCAUAGACACACCAUAUGCAAGCGAAGAACAACAGAAACAAGCGUGA